AUGCCGGAUAUUACUCUGGAUAUCAAUGACCCCCAGGUCCAGAAUAUCUCCAUCUGCAUCCAGGCCUCCUACAGGGGUCAUAGGCUUCAGAAAGAACUGAGGGAGAAAGGCCUGCCCCGGGUUCUGGAGCCACUGGAAGGCAUAGUUCUGGCUAAGAUUGAAAAGGGACACGAUAACACAACACGCAAAGACACCAUAGUAACACUGCCCGCCCAGAUACCGAGCUAG